AUUAAUCUUGAAAUAUUCUUUGCUUUACAGUUUACGAAUGCUGACCUUCGAGAAAUCGAGAACAUGGAACGCGUGGCGCUAGAAAAUGUAAGUAAUUUACUCCGUGUUAUUACUGAAUUGUAUUCAACUUGCCUUUGUUUUCGACACUCUAAUUACUGACUUUUAGCACUAUAUGUUUGGAAUACAACUUUGCUAACAUUAAACUUAUUUUCUUUCUAUUUUCAGAGUAAUCACAAUUCACCGCUACCUCUGGAAACGGAAAAUGAUUUAUUUGACGAUGUAAGUUUUCAUUUCACGAACAUUGAAUUAGUUUCAUUGAGGGAUUAUUGCUAGAUUACUGCUAUUGUUGUGUCCUUUGUUCAAUAUACUUAAGUACUUCUCUGUACUUAUUUUCAGUGGAAUGGUGAAGUGGAUCAAAUGCUAUCCUGGAAUCCUUCGGAAACGUAAGUUAAUUUGUUUGUUUCUAGCCCGUUUCGAGUUUAUUAAAAGUCGAAUCGCAUCUACUGAUCAAAAAUCCUAACUGAUAUUCAGUUGUAUUGAUCAAGAGUGUGUCAUUGUUGUUGUGAUCAGUAAUUAAUUUUUCUUGAGUGAGCGAAACGUGAAUAAAUUAUUCAUGAUAGAACAUUUUAAUCAAAACAAAUGCUACGUUUGUCAGUAAUUCUCUUUCGUUCUGCCUGAAUCUGCAAGACGAACUAUUUGUUCGUAAUAUUUCCCUCGACUGGUACUUUAAUAAAUAGUUUAGCUUUACACUAGUCAUAUUCACUAAUUGUAGGAUAUUCAAGUGGGUGACGGGCAACCCCCGGCAAAAAAGCCUCGUAAAGAGCAUCGCUGCCAGACCUGUGGGAAGACCUUCUCUCGCCCAAAUCAUCUAAUAACCCAUCAACGAAUCCACACUGGGGAGAAACCAUACGAAUGUACCCGCUGCGACAAACAAUUUAGGAAAAAGGAACACCUCACUCGUCACCUGAAAGCCCACGACAAGCGAGCUGCCGAACGUACGUUUACUUGUGGUACUUGUGGCGGAACCUUUCACAACCUCGCCCCGUACGAUGCUCAUAUUCGUACCGCUCAUCAGCAACCCGCCGCUGCCACUAACAGGAAACGUUCGGCAGCAAAAACUGCAGAUGCUCCGCCAGUGAAGAAAGCCAAGAAGUCCGCUGACCCCUCUGCAAAUUCUUCUCCACGGACCGCCCCUCAAGCGUCAGCCACUGCUACCACCGCUGCUGGUUCCAGCUGGGAAGUUGAUCCCGUGCUUAUUCCCGCCAACCUUGUUCUUUCUACUGAACAGAAUAUAGCAGAAACGUACAGACAACACUGGCCCCAGAUCCGCACGCGUUUCAGCUACAAAAACAGACUUCAAGACUGGUACAAUUUUCGCCUCUCAACGAUCAGUCCAGCUUCCCUCUGCGAGCAACUCAACCGUAUCUUCGCUGACCAAACGACUGUCUUCAAAGUAAACUUUUCCUUUGGAUUUAUCCUCCGUAAUACAGAGACUGGCGCUUUACAGUACCACCAUCCAUCCGCCAACAACAAUCUGGUGCUAGAACAACCCUUCCUGGUCUCCAAUCGCGAAGACUUAGAGCGCCUAUAUCAGCAGAUAGCGGAGAUCGAUUACUUGGAGUGGGUUCGACAGCAAAGACCUAACAGUAAAUGGGUGGUUGAUCAUGUGACAAACAUCACUUGGUUCAUCACGAAAAUCCGCGAUCAUCCGAUCGGCCGUGGCAAAUACCUACCGGGAUAUAUCACCGACAACUACGGUCUUGACGCGGUGGAAAAUAAUGCGAAUACAGGCAAACCCUAUGAAGACAACCUCUGCUUUUUCCGCUGCCUGGCUCUCCACAAUGGUUGCCAUACGAAGAAUUUAGAGAGGGACACGCGGUAUUAUUACCAGCAGUAUCGAGACGCUGGCCUAUCCAAAAAGAAGUUCCAUGGAGUCAAGUUGUCCGAACUAGACGAGUUGGAGAAAUUAUACGAAGUCAACAUUCAAGUAUACAGUCUCGCGAAUACUCAGACACGCGGUGAAGACGAAGACAAUGAAGAAAAUACUCCCGACAUCUCUGCUUCACUCAUUCGCCGCUCUCACCGCCAUUACGCUUGUACCCUGUACCUCAACCUCUUUGAGAACCAUUUCUCGUAUAUUAAAGAUCUCGCCCGGUACUCAAAGUCCUUUUGCUGUUCAAGAUGUGGUAAAUACUGGAAAAAAGGCUUCAGAUUGAAUAGACACGAAAAGACCUGUGACGGCAAAGUCCACCUCAAGUAUCCUGGCGGAGCGUACCAUGUACCCAAAACCAUCUUUGAGGAGCUCGAAGACGAAGGAAUUAUUGUCCCAGAAGAAGCCUGCUAUUUUCCUUACCGCGCCACGUUUGAUUUUGAGUGCUUUUUUGACAAGGAAAAAGCGCAAGAACUGAAGAACACAGAAAAAUUGAACUGGGAAUCGGCGCAUGUUCCCCUCAGUGUGAGUGUGUGCAGUAACGUACCCGGUUUUGAAGACCCCAAGUGUUUUGUGUCUAACGGCGACCCAAACGUGUUUAUUACAGAAUUUAUGCAGUACCUUGUUUCUAUCAGUACGAAAAGUGCUUCUAUUCUCCGUGAACAGUUUGCACCUGUGUUUGAAGCACUGAAGCAAGUACCUAACCGCGAUGACUCAACAGAAGACCGAUUAGCGCAAAUACUUGUUGAUAUCCAGGAUGGUAGUCGGCAAGCUGAAAGUGAAGAAGGGGAAGAUAAUGAUGAAGAAUUAAGUGACAACGAAAGAGAUAUCGAUUUGAUGGAAAGUGAUGACGAUGACGACGAGGAAGAAAUCGAACCGGAGAAUGAGGAAGAUCGCGCGUUUCUCAAUGAUGAGGUAACAGAAAACGACUCUUCCUCUUACAGAAGACUGAACGUUGAGUUGGAUACUGAGAGGAGACAAGAGAGGAGACAACAGCGAGAUGAGCUAGCCCAGUACGAAGAUGUGUUGUUUGGUCAAGAGCAGACUAGCGACAACAAAGUCUUAACAAAGCUAGCUGAAAAACUGAACGCAUACUUACAAGAACUGCCCGUGCUAGGCUUCAACUCUGGCAAGUACGAUCUCAACGCUGUGAAAGAAUUUGUAUUUCCCUACCUCAUUGAGUCUCAACCCAUCAAGUUCACUGUCAAAAGAAACAGCAACCAUAUGUGUCUCAAGACAAACUCCUUAAAAUUUCUGGACAUUUCGAACUAUGUCGCGCCGGGUUUCAGCUAUGACCAGUUUCUAAGAGCGUAUGAAUGCGAGCAAACCAAAGGUUUCUUCCCUUACGAGUGGAUCGACAGCCUGGACAAGCUCGAAGAAACAUCUCUGCCCUCGCAUGAAGCUUUCUACUCAAGUCUGAAGAACCAAAACAUUACAGAAGAAGAAUAUGAGUACUGCCAGCAAGUAUGGGAAGAAAAUGAAAUGUCCACCUUUCAAGAGUUCUUGAUCUGGUACAAUAAUUUGGAUGUCGUUCCUUUCCUCGAGGCUGUAGAGAAAAUGAGUCAGUUCUGGCAGGAGAGAAAGAUCGAUAUGUUUAAAGAUGGCAUUUCUGUCCCUGGUUUAACCCUCAAGUACCUCUUCUCUUAUCUUUCACCUCAAACUUACUUCAGUCUCUUCGAUCAAGCGAACAGUGAUCUCUACCAUCUGAUCAAAGACAACAACACGGGCGGCCCAAGUAUUAUUUUCCACCGAUAUCAUGAAGCCGGCAAAACAAAGAUCAGAGAAGCAGAGGAAGGCGAGGCUGCUAAGCUGUGUGAGAAGAUCGUGGGGUAUGACGCGAACGCUUUGUACCUCUGGGCGCUCAUGCAAGAUAUGCCCACGGGAAGUUAUACGAGACGCCUGGCGGACAAUGAGUUCAAACCGAAAAGUUCUGUACGCAUGGCUAUUGAAUGGUUGGAAUGGGUGGCGCACAAAGAGGGAAUUCACAUCCGACAUCAGUUAAACAAUACAGAAAAGCGCAUCGGUGGUCGUAAACUGCCUGUAGAUGGUUUCAACGCACAGACGCAAACUGCGUACCAGUUUCACGGCUGUUAUUGGCACGGUCAUGACUGUGCUCUCAACCGAGGGAAAGAGUUUAACGAGAAACGCAAGAAACCUAUGGCUGAGAUCAGAGAAGAAACGAGAGCCAACACGGAGUAUAUCCGCAGCAAAGGGUACAACGUGGUGGAAAUGUAUGAAUGUCAGUGGAGAGAAAUGAAGAGAACCAACCGAGAACUACGGCGUUUUAUUGCCACCGAAGUGAGAAGAACCCUGGAUCAAGUCAAGAUCAUGAGUCCCGAGCGAAUAUUGAGCGAGGUGCGACAUGAGCGUUUGUUCGGGUGCGUGGAAGUAGAUAUUCGUGUACCAGAUCACUUAAAGGAAAAGUUUAGUGAAAUGUGCCCGAUCUUCAAGAACACAGAAAUCAGCCGCGAUGAUAUUGGUGAAUUUAUGAAAGCGUACGCCGAGGAGCACAACAUCAUGGCUCAACCCCGUCGCAGUUUGAUUGGGAGCAUGAAAGGAGAAAAGAUCCUGCUGGCCACACCCCUCCUCAAGUGGUACCUGGAACAUGGUUUAGAGGUCACGAAAGUGCACCAAGUGAUCGAGUUCACCCCUCAACCCUGCUUCAAACCGUUUGGGGAUGCGGUGUCAGACGCGAGGAGAGCCGGAGAUGCGGACCCCAGUAAAGCCAUCAUUGCAGAUACCAUGAAACUGGUAAGUUUUUGUUUCAUUCUUUCAUUCAUAAAG